UGAAGGGUCGUGAUCCUUACCACAGUAGCUGCCACGUGGCGACCACCCUGACAAAAACCCCCAAUUUCUCAUUAUCUGUGAGUGAAGGAGCAAAAGUAGGCAAAAUUAGUUAAUUCGCGUGCAGAUAAAUAAUUCAACGUCAACUUUAUUUCUCAAAGAUCCAAUUUUUAUUUUCCUGGUGAUUUCUUACUCUCGAAUUUUUUUUUUCAAGAAAUUCCUUUUUUUCAUCCACGAUGCAAGGAGUAAGGCGAUCGAUUUUCGUGCACGGGAAUGUUGUCAAGAAGGCUGUUCUGAGCCAUGUUCGUGUUAUGCCUCCAGCCACGCGUUCGCUUGUGUUUGCACGCAGUGAAUCGACUGCCUCAGCUGCGCCUGCCCGCAUGGAAGAGCAUGGUUUUGAGAGCACCAAAAUAUCCGAUAUUCUUUCCGGCAAAGGGAAAACUGCGGAUGGGUCCUGGCUUUGGUGCACCACCGAAGACACCGUGUAUGAUGCCGUCAAAUCGAUGACACAGCACAAUGUUGGAGCUCUGGUGGUUGUUAAACCAGGAGAGCAGAAGUCGAUUGCUGGGAUUGUUACUGAAAGAGAUUAUCUCAGGAAAAUGAUUGUACAAGGAAGGUCAUCCAAGUCAACCAAGGUUGGAGAUAUCAUGACCGAAGAGAACAAGCUUAUUACUGUAACCCCGGAUACUAAGGUUUUGAGGGCAAUGCAACUCAUGACAGAUAAUAGAAUCAGGCAUAUUCCGGUGGUGAACGAGGGUGGAAUGAUAGGGAUGGUGUCAAUCGGAGACGUUGUCCGUGCAGUGGUGGGCGAGCACCGUGAGGAACUGAACCGCUUGAAUGCUUUUAUUCAGGGUGGUUACUGAUGAUGUCGACAUUGAUGAUGUCAUGAUGGUGUCGAUAAUGAUGAUGAUGAUGAAAAAGCCGUUUGUUUAUGUCGAGUUGACGGACUAGAAAAUGUUGUAAAUAUGUGUGAUGAAAACUGCACCUCUGUUGGAAAGCCUGAAUCUGUUUUCCGCAUCCAAAUAAAGUUAUGUCGACUGGGAUUUGUGACAAUAAAGUGCACCCUAAACAUUGUUUUCUU